CCCGAUCAGCACUUUCACUUGCCCAGGACAACCAGACUAUUGGACUUGUCCAACCCUGCAUCCCUUCUGCUAAGUUCCCCCUCUGUCUGCCUCAGUAAUCUUUUUCCUUAGUUAGAUCCACUGUAAGCAUGUCUGUUGGAACAAGUGAUGAAACCACACAUGAAAAGUGCUGGUGGAUGGUUCUAAAAAAAAACUUGUCUGACUCACAAUUUUACCAGAGUUUGAGCAUUUCAAUUAAGACAUUAUGAAGGGUCCAUUUCUGUUUGGCAAUGACAAGGUUCAAUUUUAUUGUUGUUUCUCCAGAAGAAUGCACACUUCUUUCCAUCCUUUGUGCAAGUGCAAUAAAUAACACAAUGCCCUCACUGUGAUUGACAGGUGAAUGCCACUUGACUAGCUUCACAGUGUCGCACCCUGCCUCGCUUUGUCUGCCUUGUCUCUGGGGAUUAAGAGUGACGGCAUUUUCAUGUCCCAAAUUGCACACUCGGGUUAAUAAACCCCUUGACACUAUUUCAAUAAUAUACAAGAUAAUUAUCAUGAUGCCAGCAGUUUGACAGGUGGAUGACACUUUAAUCGCUCACCAUGUCGCCCGGUGCCUCGCUUUGUCUACCUUGUCUCAAGGGAGUAAGUGUGACUUUAUUAUUAUGUCGCAAAUUGCACACUCGGGUUAAUGACCUAGUAGUUUCUUUGUAUUCUCGAAAACAUCUCGAGCCACAUCAUCAUUAUAUGUAUGCCAAUGUGUCAUGUAGAAAUUUUGCUUUUUUUGUAUGAUUGUGUAUUUCAGCUCUUUAUGUUGCAACUCUGUAUUCACAUCUUACUAAUGUUACAUAAUUUUGAAGCUGCUUAAGGAGUAAUUUGCAGUGCUGUCAUACGGAUGUAACCAAGGACAAAGAUAAAAGAAUAACUGUUUCAUAUAUCAUAGUUACUUACAGAACAAUAUUUACAACAAGACUUUUUAGAAACUGAAAGUGUCAGAAGAUCCUUCUGUACCGUUAUCCAUAGUAACACUCAGAUCAACACAACAAAUAUUAGUUCCUAGGGUGUUGGGAUAUUUGAAUAUUAUAUACGCUGAUAGUUUUGAGUGAUUGUGUGGCUAAUUGCAAUGCUCAUGUCUUUUCUACAGAUCAAGUCAAGCAUAAGCCAAGUGCAGCCUUCACACUGUUACUCUCAUUUGGCACACACCCAUGCUGUGAUGAAGGCAUCAACUAGCAUCCCUUAAGACAGUCAUCAGGAGCUCUACUUUUGCUGAGAGAAUUAAUGUUGACUGCCCAUUUUAUAACAUUGGAAACCUUCACUGACAUUCUUUCUCUACAUUUGUACCUAGGAUAUUAAUUGCAGAUGAUGCUGGAACUCUGCAUCAAACAGGGCACUCUACCAAAACAUUGGAGAUGGCUGGCUGCUUCAGCCGUGUUCUUGAGCCUUGUCCUCAGUGUUUAUGCUCAACUGUCACCCUGCUAUGAUGGUUCUGACAAGGUGUGUACGUGCCACAAGGGGACAGACACAGGCGUGCCCUGUACUCACUGUGUGUGUGAGCACCAGGACGGAGAUGUGAUGAACCUCUGUGCAGCUAUCAGCUGCCCAACAUCCCUUACCCAGCCAUCGUGCCUGAAUGAUGGCACAGCAGUUGUCAGCGCUUGCACAGUGGAUGCUGUGAUUUUUGAGGGGCUAAGGCCAGUGGACAACCGGUUGGUGUUUCAGGUGAAGCAUGCAGUCACAUUCACAAGUCUUGUGGCAGCUGAAUGCACCAAUGGAAACCCAGCCGUAACAUGGGAAUGGAUGCUGUACAGGUUGGAUGACCCUGACGCUCCCACCCAGAUUACUGUUGAGACCACUCCUCUGGUGACAGAUGCCGAGGACUUCACCAUCCCUGCUGACACAGUCCCCAGUGGUGUCCUCCUUCUGGAGCUCAAGGUGACAGUCACGGAGACAUCAGGAGUUCUGCACACUUACAGGGAGCAGUCCUGGCUGGAAGCGGUGGAGGCAGCCCUGAUCGCUCACAUUGCCGGGGGGACCAGACGUACUGUGUACUUUGACGACUACACAGUAGAUGCCUGGUACUCCUGGGACCCUGAGGGCAAUAUAGGCAUUCUGGACUUCAGCUAUGACUGGACAUAUGAAAUUCUGCAGUAUCCAACACCUGCAACGACAGAUGCUUGCACCAGUUACACUUCCCUGACCGAUAACUGGCGAGACAUUGCCAAUCUCUGGGACUCAGCUAAUGAGCACUGUGAUGGAAAUGAAGUCACUUCUGAAGGUGUUUUCACAUGGACAGCCGGGUGGUAUCGUUUUGAAGGGGCUGCAGGUAAUCACCUGGCUGAUGCUCCUCCAGGAAUUGACUACACGUGCGGCACUCGUGCAGGAGUGUGGAUGGAUGGCCCCCAGCCUGCAACGUCUGAGGGCGCAGUAUGCAGAACAGCGUGUGCUCAAUGGGCGGGUGACACCUGUGCAUUUACCUGGGGGAUACUGGCCAUGGCUUGUCCUGGGUUCUAUGUCUACUACCUUCGUCCAGUAAUCUUCUGCCAUCUGGGCUACUGCACAGUGUCAAGGCCAAUCAACAUCGAACCUACCCCAGCACAGCCCAACACAGUAGAUGACUACAUAUGCAAUUGGAAUGAUGGACCUGCUGGCAUUCCUCACCUCUACGGAGCGGAGGGAGCCAUCAUCAAGCACACAGUGGAGAUCUCCUACCCAGGUCGCCUGCCCGGAACACACUCUGUCAUCACUGUGCUCGGCCCGCUAGGAAGCGACUUGUUUGUUUUCUGUCGUGGAAACUGUGACCAUGGGAGAGUAGUGGCAUGGUACAACUUCAAGCUGGAGGUUGUGACCACCAUGGUGGGAGACAUCGUCUGGACAGUUCCAGUAGCACCUGCUGGGUUUGCUGGUAUUAACUGGGCUACAAACACGACAGACGGAACAGACACUGGACCCACUGUGGAAGUACUCCCCUUCACAUUUACAAAAACUGGAGCCUACACAAUGCGUGCAACACUUUUUGUUGGGGGUGUGGCAACCACAAACUACAUAGAGUACAGUGCUUACGUUGUCACAUUCACCAAGCCCAAUGACAACCCCUGUCGGAUUGUACCAGCUCUGCCUCUUGUCUUGGCUGAUGCCUGUGUCUACUGUGAUGAAUUUGUGUAUGACUACCACCCACUGACCUUCGAGUUCCUGUGGUGGGCAGAUGGAAUCGCCAUGGCUGCAGUAGCCUUCCCAACAACACCUGUCUUCACAACUCCUCCUUAUGUAGGCUUUUACACUGGAUGGGCUCGCUACAGCCAAAUAACUCUCCUGCCUUCUGGCGUGGUAAACUUCAGGAUCAAGGUCUCAUGUGUGGAGUUGCAGCAAUUAGAGGUGGACUUUUCUAUAACCAUUGCCCCACCUACUGAUCCUACUGAUGUGUGGGUGCCUCCACUUCUGGAUGGACCAGAGAGCACUUUCAGUAAGAACCUGGGUAAAGGAGACAGAGUGGGAGCAGCUGCCCUGGCAACAAGCAUUGCUGCAGUUGCAGUGAACCUUGGCAAGGGAAAUGAUGGUCAAGGGGGAGGAGUAGGGCCGAGACUAAAGGACAAGUCGAAGAAGCUGGUAGAAAAAGUGAUCACCAAAGUGGGCGACAUUGACACCUCAAAUGAGUUCGAUGUCCAACUGGCAACAUUGAGGGCCCUAGCAGUGGCAACAUCUGUGGGUGAUCUACUGACACCUGUAGCAAUGGUCUCUGCAGCCAAUAAGACCCAUUUUGUGUUGAAAGACCUGCGCGACCGUGUGGCUGCUGGGAUACCCACAUCCCUUACUGCAGAUGAAGUUAAUGCGGCAUGUGGGGCAGCCUUUACUGCCAUAGCUGGUACUUUAAAACCAGCUGCAGAAGCUGCAAGGGAAGACCACAAGAAUGGGCUUGUUUAUUCAGCUGUUCUUCUUGCAAACCAACGUGUAGCAACAUCAAAUUUCCGGGCCAUUGACGUCAUGGACGACAUCUACCUGAACUACAUGAUGACUGCUCCUGACAUUACUGGCCCUCCCUGGCCGCCUGCUAUAAUUGUCAUCCAAGACCUUGGCCUCCGUAUCCAGAGGGAGGAAUGUGGGGAUGCCACCAAUAGGGCAUAUCAGACUGGAGAGUUCAGCCCCAUCAUCCUCGGUGUACCAAGUUCAGCAGACCUUACAGACAGUUGUGAUGGGUCGGCUGUGUCUGGUAUGAGUAUUGUACAUGCAGAGUUCAAUCCAUUUGAGUACUCCAACAACUCCCACAUGGUGCGUGGUACUGUGGUGGGUCUGGCCUCCAAGAUUGGCAAUGCUACAAACCAUGUGACUGGACUUGGACCACCCCUUGACAUCAUCAUUCGCCGGCGACUGAUUGAAGAGUCAUCAAAUGUGAUGUUUUCAUGGCAUAUAACUAAUGCCUACAUUGGCAAUGUAACGGUAGUGCCUUUUCUUGUUCGGUACAAUGGCAGCUCUCUUCACAUCAACAUCAGACACAACUACACCAAUCCCCGACCAGUUGUCCACCUCUUCCUUCGGAAGGACGACCCACCCACCCCCGAGGUGUACAACUGGACCGUCAGCCUGCCGACUCCCCAGGCAGACCUGUUCACCAUCCCUGCAGGAAAUGACACGGUAUCAGCCAGUCCCUAUAGCUGGCUUGUGGAGCCGCCAGAGAUUGACAUAACAGAAGAUGAUGUGGUCAGCAAGACCUAUUACUUCCUAGGAAUCCAGUUUGAGGAUGGAGAAGAUGCUGCCACACACCUUAACUUCUCUGUGGAUGUGAUGGAGACCCUGUGUGUGUACUUUGGUGAUGAGUGGGAGAAUGAGGAUGACCAUUUAUGGCAUGAGCAAGGUUGCAAGCCCGGAGCGUUAUCCAACUCUACUCACAUGCACUGCCGAUGUAACCACCUCACCAAGUUCACCGGCAUAGUCGCUCCCAAUCCCAUCAACUUUAGUGAGGUUUUUACUAAAGACAUUCUUCAGAACCCAAUUGGACUGAUCCUAGUCUUGUCAACUUUCCUGCUCUACCUCCUGUUAGUUUUGUGGGCGAGACGAAAGGAUAGACGGGAUCUUACUAAGGUCGGAGUUGCUCCACCACAAGGUCACAUCCUGAACCCUGACCCCUGGUGUCAAUAUGUGGUCACCCUCUACACGGGAUUUAAAGGUGGAUCAGGAACAACAGCUACAGUGUGGAUUAACCUGUUCGGAGACUAUGGACGGACUGGACCAAUAGCGUUGCAAGAUGAGAAUCGUCCACUUUUUGAAGAAGGAAGCGUUGACUCCUUCCUGGUGUCAUCACGUAACAUCAUCGGGAUGAUUCAUGUCAUCCAUGUUUGGCACGACAAUACGGGCUACAGCCCAGAAUGGUUUCUGGGCCAGGUUGUACUUCAAGAAAAAGCUACAGGGAGUGUGGUCUACUUCCUGUGUAACAGAUGGUUAGCAGUUGGAGAGGAUGAUGGGAAGAUAGAACGCCUCCUUCCUGUCAGCAGCCCAGAAGAAUUGGCAGAGUUUGGCAACCUUGUCAAGGCAAAGGUUGAAAGGGACAUGAAUGAUGGCCAUCUGUGGUUCUCUGUGAAAGGACGCCCCGCCCGAAGCCCCUUCAGCCGUGUCCAGCGCCUGUCCUGCUGCCUGACACUCCUGUACAGCACCAUGGUCACCAACAUCAUGUUCUUCGGACAAGGAGACAACUAUGAAUCGCCAGAAAAGAUCACGAUUGGGGGAACAGAGAUUGAUGUACCAAUCGAUCUCCCCAAGCUGAUGAUCAGUUUGCAGAGUGCAGCAAUCAUCAUACCGGUCAAUCUUCUUAUCGUCUUCUUCUUUAAGAAUGCUCGGACAAAACCAGUAAAAGUGGUGGACACCAGGCAGCCUCUUUCUGCAGUGUUGGUGCAACAACUCAGGCCAUCAUCCACUAAAGGGCGGCCUUGGGAGCCAGCGUGGAUAACCAGUCCCUCUGACGGUACUUUGGAUGGUAGUGACCAUGAUGACACUACAUGUACAUCUAAUGCUCCGGGCAAGCCCAAGAGUUCUUCCAACAAGAACAAAACUAACAGCAUCUCCAAUGACCGGGAAAAAUCAGUCCUUGAGUCUCUCUCCACCAGUUACAGAACCAAAGAGCCCAUGCUGAAUUACUCUCUAGGGCUUGAAAGAACAUAUGCAUUUAGGCCAAGAAACCAUGGUUUGCUGACAACUGCGAGGCAAGUUGUUGCCUCAAAAUUUUCUUCGGAAAAUAGCGCAACCAGUGACAGCUCUAGUGAACAUUCUCAACCAAAUCCCAAGGAAAUCACUGAUCCAAAAGAAACCUUUGAUCACACGAAAGACAACAGUUCCAAGGAAAUCACUGAUCCAAAAGAAAACUUUUAUCACAAGAAAGACAACAGUUCCAAAGAAGAAGCUGAUGCCAAAAAGGAGAAGGGUUUCUUGCCAUGGUGGACACUAUAUAUUGGCUGGCUCCUGGUGUGGUCAGCUAGUUUUGUUGCGGCCUUCUUCACCGUCCUGUACACACUGUCAUUUGGGAGGCUGAAAGCAGAGGCCUGGUGCAUCGCCUUUGUCACAUCCUUCCUGUCGGACCUCAUCCUGGUUCAACCUGUCAAACUAGUUGUCGUGGCAGUGGUCUUUGCUAUUUUUAUAAAGUCCCCCGUAAUAGAUGAAAACCCUGAACCCAGACCGCUUGAGGGAGAUGAGGAAUAUAUACAGUACAAGAGAAAGCUGCAGCAGCCAAAGGUGAUGUUGCCUCUGAAUACAGCUGACCUGGCUGGGGACAGAUCCAGGAAACUGGAUGACAAGAAACGACGUAGUGCAGUAAGAGAGGUUUGCACCUUCAUCAUCUUUGCGUUGGUGGUGAUGAUGAAUGUCUACAAUGAAAUCGACCCACUCGCCUUCUACAUGAAUGAAUCAGUCAAAAACUCACUACUUUAUGAGACUGAAGAAAUAACUUUUGAUGAGGUAGCAGACAUAGAGUCCUUCUGGGUAUGGCUACAGUCUGGUGUCCUCCCAACACUGUACUACAGCACAUGGUACAACAACAUGGCUGACCAGGAGUGGGCCAUCAUGGGUAACAAGAACUCUUGGCUCGUGGGGUCGCCAACAUUACGGCAAGUCAGACUCGACUCUGGUAAGUCCAGCAGACGUCUCCUGAAAUGA